AUGACUGAACCGGCUACUUGUGCUGACGGCAAGCGAUUGGCGGGCUUUUCUGUCUUUGCGUUGUUCUUUAUCUAUUUUUUCCAGGCCAUCGGUGGAGAAAGGAUUUACAGCAAGUCCAUCCGAAUCUUCGCCUUGGACAAUUUGCACUUCAGCAGCAGCGAGGCUACCUACCUCAACUCCAGCUUUUGGAUCAGCUUCAGUAUCGGACGGUUUCUUGGCUUGUGGUGGCCAUAUUCUGAUUAUGGUCGAACGUUUUUCUGGUUUGGGUUUCGCUAUUUUGUUGAACACAACAACGAAGUGGCUCUAUGGGUUCUCAUGCACCCGAUGUUGCUGUUCAUCGCGCCACUUUUCCCCAGCGGGGUGGCCUGGAGCGAUCAUUACCUGAAGAUGUCAGGGAUAGGUAUCACCAUCCUCAUCGCUCCUAUGGGGUCCAUAGGAGGUGCCGCCUACAUCUGGAUUCUUGGCUUCGUCUAUGCCAACCAUGGCCCCCGGAGCUUCCUCUACAUGGUUGCCGUGUACUGCCGCUGUUUGUGUCAGCGUCUCCCUGAUGUCCUUCGCCGGCUGUCUUCAUGGAGAUAG